CAGUACUCUCUCCUCCAUCGGCCUGGGAAGCGGCUGGGCCACGCAGACAGCCUCAGCAGAAUUCCCUUAAUGCAACAGCACCAGGACGACCCGGCCCCAGCAGAGACCAUUAUGCUCCUGGACAUGCUCCCAGAACCUCCACUCCAAGCCGCUGACAUCGCCACACAGUCUGCAAGGGACCGUACCAUGUCUCGUGUACUCAACUGGGUGUGGAAGGGGUGGCCACCAAGGCACAGCAUCACUUCUGAGUUCACACCAUUCGUGUCAAGGCAACAUGAGCUGUCUGCCCACAAAGGUUGUUUACUGUGGGGUGACCGUGUGGUGAUACCGCUGAAGCUACGGUCCCGGAUUCUCGAAGCCUUGCACGCCGGACAUCCAGGAAUUGUUCGGAUGAAGGCACUUGCCCGCAGCUAUGUAUGGUGGCCAGGAAUGGAUGCGGCUAUCGAGGAAUGGGUGCGACGAUGUUCUCCCUGCCAGGAAACACGGCCAGAGAUUCCCCGAGCACAAGUCCAUCUAUGGGAGACGACCCGGGCGCCGUGGUGUCGCCUGCACAUUGAUUUCGCUGGGCCGUUCCAAGGAAAGACAUUCCUGAUCAUAGUGGACUCCUAUUCAAAGUGGCUGGAGGUCAUCGCAGUGUCAUCCAUGACAUCGCUCACCGUGAUCAAUGCCUUACGGAGGCUGUUCGCAACACACGGUCUUCCAGACACAGUAGUGUCGGACAAUGGGCCUCAAUUUACGUCCGCCGAGUUCCGGCAGUUUCUUGAGGCCAACCUGAUCCGCCAUGUGACAUCUGCACCUUUUCAUCCAUCUACAAAUGGCCAGGCUGAAAGGAUGGUGCGAAUCACCAAGGAGGCUCUGUCGCGCAUUGUGCAGGGAGAUUGGUCACGGCGACUGGCAAAUUUCUUGCUACAGCAGCAUGUAACUCCAGACUCAAGCACGGGGCGAUCACCGGCCGAACUGUUAAUGGGCCGCCGGGUAUCGACCAUGCUGGACCGGCUUCAUCCCGACAGGGCUCCGGACAAGUCAUCCCAGCAAACAGGACUGCUGCCAGUGCCACGCUCAUUCCUGCCUGAGGACCCUGUAUUUGCACGCAACUAUGGCCGUGGCCCCCUAUGGGUCCCCGCUGUGAUUGGCCGAGCGACCGGGCCAAUCUCCUACGAAGUCACCCUCCCAGAUGGCAGGGUGUUGCGGCGGCACGUUGACCAGCUCCGGCGCGGGCAAUGGCGCCUUGCACAAGCGAGGGACCGGCACCAACAGAACGACAGCCAGAGGUCUACCCCACACAAGGGCCAUCACCAAGGGAAGUUUAUCCUCGGCGAGGGAUACCUCCAGGGCAAAUGA